CAUAACUUAACCUAACUUUAGAAGUUUUUAAAAACAUUGUGCUUUUGUUUAUAUAGUGGUGUUCUAUAUUAACUUAUAUUGUUUUGUAAAAACUAAACAGUAAUACCUGCUUUUAUAGAAUUAUGAAGUUUUCGUACAAGUUUAGUAACUUGCUAGGAACAGUGUAUAGAAAAGGUGAUCUACUUUUUACCCCAGAUGGAAAUUCAGUUAUUAGCUGCGUUGGGAAUAGAAUUAGUUUAUUUGAUCUUCGAAAUAACAGAUCAAACACCCUUCCCAUUGAAAGCCGGUAUAAUUAUGUAACAUUAGAUUUGAGUCCAAAUGGUUGUACUUUGAUAGCUAUAAAUGAAGAGGGUGAGGCACACAUGAUCAGUCUAAUAUCACAGACUAUAGUGCAUAGAUAUAGAUUUAAGGGAAAGUGCAGAGCUGUUCGAUUUAGUCCUGACGGCAAGCAUUUCGCGGUUUGCAAAGACAAUAAUGCGUUUGUCUUCAAGGCCCCAGGGCCGUUUUCAGGAGAAUAUAAUGCAUUUGUUAUGGAACGGGUAUUCCAUGGAGCAUAUGAUGAAACCACUUGUUUAGAUUGGUCAUUUGAUUCUAAGCUUUUGGCUAUUGGCUCCAAGGAUAUGGCAACAAAAAUUUAUCCUUUGGAAAAGUGCAAAAACUUUAGGAUUUACUCUUUAGGUAAUCAUACAGAUGGAAUAGUCGGGUGUUUCUUUGAAAAAGAUACUUAUGAUAUAAUAACAGUAGCUAGAAAUGGACAAACGUGUGUUUGGGAAUGUACUAUAGAUCCCAGUGACUUACAUCCACUUGAUGACAUUGUACCUAGUAAGAAAAAAAAAACUACAGAGGAAGAUGAAGAGGAUGAUAUAGAUAUUACUAAGUCUUUGGAAAAAUCCCAAGCUGAAACUGAAGAGGCUUUGAAAAAAAUGGACAUCAAUGAUAUUGAAACAGGAAGUAAAGAACCCAAUAAAUUAUUUUACAAAAGAGUUGCAAAACAUUAUCUUUCCGAUGAGGUCAGAAAAGAUCAAAAAGAUGCAAUCCUGACUUCAGCUGCUUAUAAUAAAGCAUCAAAAAUACUAGUUACAGGUUUCUCUUCUGGAGCAUUUGUUAUUCACGAAGCGCCGGACAUGAAUCUAAUUCAUUCGUUGAGCAUAUCUGAUCAGAAAAUAUCAUCUGUAGCAUUAAACCAUACUGGUGAUUGGAUUGCGCUGGGUUGUAGUGGAAUUGGUCAGCUUUUAGUUUGGGAAUGGCAAAGUGAAACAUACGUUAUGAAACAGCAAGGACACGCGAACAAUAUGUCAUGCGUAGCCUAUUCUGGUGAUGGACAACUUUUGGCAACAGGCGGGCAUGACGGCAAAGUAAAAUUGUGGAACAUUGGUUCCGGGUUCUGUUUCGUUACAUUUAGUGAACAUUCUAGUGCGAUAACAGCGAUUUCCUUUAGCGGAAAUAAAAAGUUUGUCGUGUCGGCUUCUCUAGAUGGAACUGUUAGAGCUUAUGAUGUCAUAAGGUAUCGGAAUUUUAAAACUUUUACAUCUCCUCGCCCAGUACAAAUAUCAUGUGUGGCAGUUGAUGGUAGUGGGGAGUUUGUGGCGGCAGGAGGACAAGACGUUUUUGAAAUUUACCUAUGGUCCAUUAAAACGGGUAGGCUACUCGAAAUUGUAUCUGGACAUGAAGGACCUGUGGCAGGUUUGGCUUUCAGCCCAAGUAUGACCAAUACAACUCUAGCAUCUGUAUCUUGGGAUAAAACAUUACGAAUAUGGGAUGCAAUUGAAAAAGGGUCAGCACACGAAACCAUUGAACUUAUAGCAGAUGGUGUGAACGUGACUUUUAAUCCAAAUGGUUUGGAAGUUGCAGUAGCCACACUGGAUGGUCAGAUAUCAGUGUUUAAUGUAAAAACUGCAACACAAGUUGUGGCCAUCGAGGGAAGGAAUGACCUUGGCAGUGGACGGUCCGAAUCGGAUUUAAUAACGGCCAAGAAAAAUUUAGAGGCAAAAUCAUUUACUACCUUAUGUUAUUCAGCCGAUGGUGAAUAUUUAUUAGCUGGAGGCCAAUCAAAGAAUGUAUGUAUCUACAAUGUCAAGGAGGCCUUACUUGUUAAAAAGUUUGAAAUCACCCAAAACCGAUCGAUGGACGCCGUCGAUGAUUUUAUAAAUCGAAGGAAAUUAACAGAAUUUGGAAAUUUAGCGCUAAUAGAAGAAAGAGAAGAACGGGAAGGAGGAAACGUGAUGCUUAAGUUACCCGGUGUAAGAAAGGGAGACAUGUCAAGUCGAUCAAUUAAACCGGAGGUAAGAGUGCUUUCCCUACAAUUUUCACCCACUGGCCAACAAUGGGCAGCAGCAACCACAGAAGGUCUUCUCAUAUAUUCUCUUAAUACUGGUUUAGUAUUUGAUCCUUGGGACCUGCAAAUCGGUAUUACUCCUAUGGCCGUCAAACAAGCAUUAAAAGAAGAAGAUUAUUUGAAUGCAUUGACUAUGGCAAUAAAAAUCAAUGAAUCUAGCCUCAUUCAAGAAGUUAUGGAGAUGAUUCCGGUUAAAGAUGUACAACUGAUAGUAUCAAGCCUUCAAGAACAAUUUAUCGAGAGACUUCUUCUUAUAAUAGCCAGCGGAUUAGAUAGCUCUAGGCACUUGGAAUACUAUUUAUACUGGAUACAGCAUACACUUACCAUUCAUGGUCCGAAAAUAAGUGGCCAAAAAAGCAUGCCUGCAUUGCUAGCCCUAGAAAAGUGCCUUGUAAGAAGAUAUGAACAAAUUUCCAAAUUAUGCGACUAUAAUAAAUAUUCUCUACAAUAUAUUACAAUGUUAGGUAAAGUUCAAUCUGAGAAGCAGGCUAACGACAUAAAAAUGGCAGACGAAAGCGACACUGAUUCAGAUUCUAUGGAAGCACACGGAGAAAUAGAAAAUGUAACAACUUUAGAAGACCUUUGAAGUAAUAAAAUAUUGUUUGGUUUA